AUGUCUCAAUCAGACGACUAUCCAACCUGGUUCUCCGAACUAGACUGGACUCACGGCUGGUUUCAACCAAACCCACCUCGUCCUCAUGAAAAUAAAGAUACUUCAACAGAAAUCAAACAAGAGACAAAACCUCUCUUUCAACCUCAAUCUCCACUUCUGUACCACACGCAAUCCCAGUCUCACUCCCAUUCACAGUCAGAUCAAAUCUUCGAAGAUGAUACCGCCGGUACAGGCACAAUCGAAUGGAUCCAACAACCUCCAAUCAUUGUCCCUGUCAGACCGAGUAGCGAUCGAAUUACAAAACGUCGUCUACGGGGGAUUCAUCUUUUCAUGAUCACAAUAAACGGGACCCUCGGCACAGGCCUCUACUGGCGAGGCGGCCAAAUCCUCGAACUCGGCGGUCCCCUCGCCGUCCUUUUAUCCUUUCUAUUAGUUGGCCUCCUCGCCUGGGCUGUGAUGCAAUGCAUCACCGAAAUGCUCUGCAUCUGGCCCAUCCCCGGCGCCUUGUCAGUAUAUGUCAGCGAAUUCGUAGACUCCGAGUUGGGUAUUGCCGUUGGCGUAACCUAUUGGUUUACGUACUCGGUAUCCUUCUCUGCGCUGGUGGCUACUUCGGCUGCAGAGUUGGUGUUUUGGCCUGUUAUCAAUGAUAGUAAGAGUUUUCAGGGGUUGGUGAUUUAUUUUGCUAUUCCGGUGGCUUUGAUAUUGGUUAAUGCGUUGAGUAUUGGGAUAUAUCGACAUGUGGAAUUGUAUACGGGGAUACUCAAGAUUUGCUUUCUUAUCGUUAUAUUCGUGUUUCUGAUUGUGUUGAAAUUCAUGGACUGGUCUUUGGUGCUUGUAUUCGACCAUAAUGCCGCCCCUAACUGGGCCACAGCAUUUAUAAUGUCCAUCUCAAUCGCAACAUUCGCCUACGUCGGCGUCGAAAUCGUAGCCGCGUCUGCCCUCGAAGUCAAAUGGCCACGCCGCAUCAAAUCGGAUCUAUCUUCGCAUCCCUCCCAACGCUCCAACGACACCCUAAUCGGAAACACAGUCAAAUUCUCCGCUAUCUGGAUCUCCGUCAUGGCCACACUUGCAUAUACCCUGACAAGUGUCCUCGCAACUCUGGAGAUCCCCUGGGAUGACUGUCAACUUCCGCGCCUGAGUUGGGUGACGACAACUACUCCCUGCUCCGCCCCUUCACCUGCGGAUAUACCUCCCAAUAACACGGGAACAGGCGAGAAAACAUCCUCAGUCUUCGUCGCAAUCGCCUCACGCUCCUCAAUCCCACAUCUAGGAGACAUAUUCAACCUCUUCCUCGUCUUCACCUGCCUCAGCUGCGCCAGCACAAACCUCUACGUCGCUUCUCGGGCGCUCUUCGGUCUUACAAGUCGUCUAGACGACGGCCGGGACCAGCCCUGGUACCUUCGCGCAAUGGCGUACUUUGGAAAGACAGAUCAAUACAGUGUCCCACGAAGAGCGAUGAUUCUGUCGGCGUUUGCGUUUUGGUGGGUUCCAUUUUUGCAGUUGAGGUCUGGCACGGGGACGGAUAAUCCUAUUGGAAUGUUUGUGGAAAUUCUGGCUGAAAUGGCCUCUGUCGGCAUAUUGAUUGUAUGGGCAUGUGAAUGUCUCGCUUUUAUACGAUAUUACCACUGUAUAUCAACCCACCGCGAGACCCUCGAACGCGAAGGCAUCUCCCAAGUUCGUCGCUGGAGCCACAAACAUCCAACCGACUACCCCUACCGCGGCAGCGGACAACCUUUUCUCGCAUAUGCGGCUUUGGCAGGAUGUAUGUUUGUCCUUGUCGUCGCAAACAGUGCUGCCUUGUGGGAUGGGUUUCAUGUUAUGCCUUUUUUGUCUUCGUAUCUUAUUGUCAUCGUAUUUAUCGCUCUAUUAGUUGCGAUCAAACUCAAACGAGGCGGGAAAUGGGCUUUCGUGGAUUUAUCGAAUGAGCAAAAGGUGAUUAGAAAGAUUAAUAAUUUGCAUAGUAUUCGAUUGGGGGCUACGUAGCCCUGAUUAGCUAGCAUAGGUUAGGUAUUUAGAUAAUGUACAUAGUAAUGACAACCACCAUAUGAACGAGACAUGAAUGCAUCUAGAGCAAAUGAAAAAGACUAUACCUGCUCUUCACCUCUCACCUCAUUCUCAGCAACCGCAGAGAUCGGUUCCUGACCAGCCCACCCCUCCGUAACAGUCAAAUCCGCAUACCCAACCCCCCUGAAAAAAGCAUGUCGACGACUCCUCGCACUCCAAGCCCAUCCAUCACUUCGUCGAAGCGGUAGAUGGUACAUGUGAAACCCGACGUAGGCGAAAAAUAUACCCAGGGCAGAUCCAGAGAUGAUAUCGAAGCCGGCGUGACGGUGGUCAUGGUAGCGCGAGCAUGCGACGAAGAAUGCGACGCAGAUGGGGACGAAGACGAGGAUUUGGAGGUAGACUGGCGGUGCGGCACCUUGAUCACGGGGGGAUGUUGAUGUUGGCAGGGUGUCGGUGGUGAAUGAGUUUGUGCUCUCACUCUCAGCUUUUUGGAGAUGACUGUUUGCUGGUGGUGCUGCUGGUGGUGGUGGUGCUGCUGCUGCAGGCGAACGAGUUCCAAAGGGUAAUGGACCGAGGUAGGGAAAUGAGACUGAGAAUUUGGCGCAUAGCCACAGAGUCAAGUACAACAUACCCGCGAACGAAACUAACCUGUCAGCACAUAGCAAACUCUUUAAGGGUCGAUAGUGAUGGACAUACAAGAAGAAUGCCCACUAGGCCAAGCCGCAAACCCAUCAUUCUUCAA